UCGCCACAGCGGCGGGCGCCUUUCCCUGGGCACAGCAGCCCCCAGAUCCCUCGCGAGCCCAUCAGUCAAGGGGAAACGUAGGAAAGGCGUAAGGAAAUAAGCGCCCCCCGCAUCUCAUUGGGCGGCUGGCCGCUUUAAAAGGCAGGCUGCCUGGAGCCGAAGCCCAGUCCUCCGUGCGGCCGUGUCGGCAGCGCAUCUCUGAGGGGGGCGUUCUGCCUCGGUUUUCUUCUCUGGAUUACAACUUCUGGUUUUUUUUAUACGUUGUGACAUUUUUAAUUUCCUUCUUUUUAAUACCAGCUUUAUAGGCAGUGCUUACAUUCACUCUUUCCAGGGACGUUAUCCAUUAUUGCAAGUGCACGCAAGCGGCGGAUCGGCGGAGGGGUCCCGGCGGCAUGGACGCCUCCCUGGCGCUCCUCCUCUGCCUGCUCGCAGUCCCGGCCGUCGCCGCUGACAGCAAACCUCGGAGCUGUUCCAGCGUCCGGCAGUUUUACAUCGACAAGGGCUUCAGCGAGAGCUGGGUACCACGCAUCAAGAUCUCGGGCGAGCACCUGCGGAUCUGCCCCCAGGGCUACACCUGCUGCGUCAGUGAGAUGGAAGAGAGCCUAUGGAACAUGAGCCAGCGUGAAUUCAAGGGCCAGGUGCGGGACCUGGGCCACGCCCUGCAGGCCUCGCUAAGCACCCUCUACGGGAACUUUGAUGGGUACUUUGCAGAGCUGCUAAACCGCUCCGAGAGCCUCCUGCAGGCCUGGCUGGGCAGCACUCCUGCCGGGCUGUACGCAGAGGGCGCGGCCGUCUCCCGCGAGCUCUAUGCUGACCUGCGCCGCUACCACCGCGGCUCUGGCGUCAACCUGGAGGAGGCGCUCAACGACUUCUGGCCACGCCUGCUGGAGCGCCUGUUCCGGGUGUGGGGCCUGCAGGAGCCCCCCACCGGCGACUUCCUGGAGUGCAUGGCCAAACAGAUGGAGGCUCUACGGCCAUUUGGGGAUGCCCCUCGUGACCUGCGGCUCCGAGUCAAGCGCGUCUUCGUGGCCGUGCGCUCCUUCGUCCAGGGCCUCUCCGUCAGCCGCGACGUGGUCCGCAAAGUCUCACAGGUGCCGCUGAGCUCAGAGUGCACCCGUGCCAUCAUGAAGAUGACAUACUGCCCGCAGUGCCACGGCAUCGCCUCCGUCAAGCCUUGUGCCAUCUACUGCCGCAAUGUCAUGAAGGGCUGCUUGGCCAAUCAGGCGGACCUGCAGCCCGAGUGGAGCAACCUAAUCUUUGCCUUGCUGCAGAUGGCCUCCCGCUUCAUCUCUGGGGACUCCAGGCUCGAUGUGUCCAUCUUCUCCAUCCCCCAGCAUAUUUCUGAGGGCAUCCUGAACAUGCAGGAGAACCGGGACAUCUUCACCAAUAAGGUGUCGCAGGUUUGUGGGAGUCCCCAGGUCCGCAGCACCCAGGGCACCCGGCCAGAGGAGGCCAGGAAGCCGGGGGCCGCGCUUGACAGCAAGGUUCCCAACAUCCUGGCCGCCAGGCUGGAAGGGCAGAUGUCACAGGUGAGCAGCAAGCUGACAGAGAAGCAGUCCUACUGGGUCCAGCUGCCAGAGCUGCUGUGCGGGAAGAAGGAGGUGCCCAGCAUCUCCAAAGACAAGUGCUGGAACGGCAUGACCAAGGACAGGUACCUCCCUGAAGAAAUGGCCGAUGGCCUAGCCAACCAGAUAAACAACCCCGAGGUGGAGAUGGACAUCACUAAGCCAGACAUGACUGUGCGUCAGCAGAUCAUGCAGCUGAAGAUCAUGUCCAGCAGACUCAAGAACGCCUUCGACGGCAACGAUGUGGACUUUCAGGAUGCCAGCGAUGACAUCAGUGGCUCAGGCAGUGGCGCGUGCAUUGAAGAGCACUGCGUUCGUGGGGACCCCCGCGUUUUGGCCCCCAGGACGGACCGGCCUGGACUGUAUGCCUACACCCCUGAGAAGAAGACCCCCGCCAAGGACACGGGCAGCCAUGGCCAGCCCAGCGCGCCCCCUCUCCUGCUUUCAUUGGUCGUUCUGCUGCUGUGGCGGUAACUGACAGGAGAUCUCACCAACCAGAACUGAGAUUUGGGGAACAGGGUGGGGGGCUGGGUACACAGUGGAAGGGGUCGUAACAGAACGUGAUGCACGUCACAUGUUUUUUUAAGGGAUGGAAAAGUGAUCUUUGGAGUCUUUCAUUUUAGUGUUUUUUUUUUCUUCUUGCCCCUAGACUUGACGUAAAUUUCAGUGUGGUGUCAGCACGGCCCCGCCGUUCGCUUACUAGCGGUCACCCCCCCAAUAACGCCUCCCUCCCCAUCUCCUGCAUCGCAGUAGCAAGUAGUGAGUUCACUUCUGCCAGAUCUGACUUUUUCCCCCAUUGGAGUAGGUUUAGGGUUAAUUUAUUACUGGUGGUGGGGGAGGGGGGGGGGUUAAAAAUAGUUAAAAACCAAAUGCUGGGGAGUUUACAGGAAGAUGCCGGGCCGGGUUUCAAGUGUCCAGUGACCGCAACCACAUCAUGGUGCAGAGCGAUGUGAGUACUAUGGAAAAGAGGCUGCGGCUUGGUGGGGUGGGCGGUCCGGGGGCUACUGGGACUGCCCCGUGGCUGUCAGAGGUCGGGAGAGGUGAGCAGAAACACAUGGCAGGAGCCUCCUGUGGCUCUGAGACACUGGCAAAUUGCCCCGGGAGGAGAACAUGGGAGGCGAUAGAAAAAAAAGCCUCACCUCCGGACAUGAGGAUGUGAUUCCUCUCCUUAAAGGACGAAUGGAGGAGCCACUAAAUGUGAGAACGGAUGAGAGCGACAGGAGCACUGUGCUGCUGGGCCUAGAAAAACUGCACGGGAGAGCAGGGGCGUGAGGCGGCUAUGAGGUGGGAAACACGGCAGUGUGUAUAAAGGAAAGCAGAGGCAUUGAGCACGCGAGCUGAUGCAGGGCUGCAGAUUUGCUCUGCUGGGAUUACGGAGCACUUUCUGUCCUGUGAUUUCCCACGAUGCUGACGAUCCAACAGAUGAGGAAGGGAGAAGAAGAGGACAAACGGUGACAUUAACGACUCGUUCAUUCCCACCUGAAGAAGCGCUAAUCGGCUGACAGUCUCAGCUCCCCAUCCCCCGCCCUCCCCCGCCUCCUCGAACCCAGUCUCCCUGACGCCAGGCCCUCGGCUACGGCACUGGAAUCCAGCUCCUCUGGGCGAGAAGGCCGAUGCUUUUUCACAGAGUUUGCCAGGAGACAAGCCUUCCAAAACGAUUAACAUUCAUGGAAUAAGCCUGCAUUUUACUUUCUCCUAUUGCACCUUUUCAUCACCUUUGAUUGGAACAAAAAGCUGCCAGUAAUACUGAGCACAGCCCACUGCUCAUGGACUUAAAGCUCUUUUUGUCUGUCUGCCCAGGGCACAUGUUUGCAGAGCAGUGAAUGGGUGCUCUAUGUGCUCUAUGAGGGGAAGGGGACUCUCUCUUAUUAGUAUGCUGAGGGACAGGUACUCAUCACUACGGGGAUGGAUCACGGGCCCUAAAUAUGCCGUAGACACGGCGAUUGUAUCUGCUGUCUGUAAAACGCAAUCAAAACCAAAGCCAAAGCGUUUAUUUGGGGGACUUCGUGCUUGUGAAUGAAAGAUGAUGAUUGACAUGUGCUGUUGUUGUUGUUUGGUCUUGGAUUCUUGUGUCAAUUACCUAUGGAGUCAGAGGGGUACCAUAAAAAAGAAUAAAUCUGUAAAAAGAAUAAGGAAAUAAAUGUUGAAAUAAAUAAAAGGAAAAGAAAUUUUAAAUAAAGGAAUAAUUAAAACA